UGGCGCAACAAGUUGGCAGCCCCAACACAACGCCGGCCAAAACCAAAAACUGUUUUAUAAAUUACAUUAGCCCGGCCAAAAUCCAUUGAAAUGUUGCGGAAUUUGCUGCGCAGCUUUGAAACUGUUCUGCGACUACCGGCUACCACAAAUGCAGCAUCGGUUUCCUGCAGCAGGCGCCUUCUUUUCUCCCAGUACGAAUUCGACGGCCAUGCGAGGCUCAGGAAGACACCUCUGGCGGCCACCGCCACAACAAAUGCUCCAUUCGGUGGCAGCGAGACAGACAAUGAGUAUGUGCCCUAUAAACUGGAGCAGGAAACGGGCACCAAGUCCAGUACUUUAGUGGAAGCACUAAGGGAAAGGUUCCGUUUUACCGACGCAGAGCUGCAGCGGAUUCUGAGCGAUGAGACAGUGAACCGAACUUACCGUGGACGUUCUUUGAUCUCGACGAUGGAUACGUUGUUGCUGGAGGGCGUGGCCAGGCGCAGCUUUGUGGAGUACCCCUGGUUGUUAUCCCUGGACAACAAGCGCCUGGAACUGAAGCUGCAGCUUAUCAAGUCAAUGGACAUGCGGGACAUCAAUGACUUUGUCCCGUUCCUGCGCCUCACCGUGCCCAGGCUCCGAAAGCUGGUCAGCGCCUUGAACUCCGAAAGGAACACCAUUCCCCUGGGAAAUCGGGUGUACUACAUCAGCGAUAAGCUACAAGUCAGCCCGGAAAUCGUUACCAAAUACCUAUCGAAACGACUCUUUAUUCUGGAAAUGCCUUUUGAGAUGUUUGAAAAGAACCUGCACUACAUGAUAGAAUACAAUGUGUCGCCUAUAAACAUCCUCAAGGACCUCUGGGCCUUUCGUUAUACCCCCAAGUCGGUUCAACUGCGAUUGGAGCGAGCUAAGCGGGCCAAAAAGGACAAGAUUAUGCCGUGGAUGGUGCGCUGUCCGGAACCUAUACUACAACGCUCACUCAAGCUUUCCUUAGACGAGCUGCAAGUGCUGGGUAAGUUCUCCUCUGUGGUGGAGUACAUAGCACAUCGGUUGGAAUUCACGGUGGACGAGGCCAAAGCUAUUAUGGAUAGGCAUCCUCAAGUUCAUACAGUGCGGGUGACGAAGAUCAAAGAUGUUUUGGACUACUUGCUGGAUGAGGCCAAAUUUUCAAGAACUGAGAUCGCCCAAGUGCCUCGAAUCUUGUGCCACAGUCUGAAAACCACCAAGGAGCGCAUGGAGGAGCUUAAGUCGCACGGUUGUCGUCCCAGUUCGCUGGUGAUUGUGUGUCGCAGUCGCCGAGAGUAUGAUAAGUUUUUAAGGCACUGGAUUAGCAUGGCCAGGGAUCCCGAAACCACUCCAGAUCCAUAG